AUGCCGCCAUCCAUAUGUGAGGUCUGUCAAAAUUCUCGUGCGGCUGUCAUCAGACCCAAGAACUCUCAGAAAAUUUGCAAACAGUGUUUCCUGUCCGUCUUUGAAGCUGAGAUCCAUGAAACUAUUGUGGCCAAUAACUUAUUUCGAAGAGGGGAGAAAGUCGCCAUCGGUGCCUCAGGGGGAAAAGAUUCGACUGUGCUCGCAUCCGUAUUGAAGACCUUGAAUGAGAGGCAUGACUAUGGUUUGGACCUUGUCCUGCUGUCCAUUGACGAGGGCAUCAAAGGUUAUCGAGAUGACAGUCUCGAGACGGUGAAGAGGAACGCUGUACAGUAUGAGAUGCCGUUGGAGAUAGUGGGAUACGACCAACUUUACGGCUGGACAAUGGAUCAAGUCGUGGCUCAGGUAGGAAAGAAAGGCAACUGUACCUAUUGUGGAGUCUUUCGACGUCAAGCUUUAGACAGAGGAGCGGCCGCAAUGGGCAUCAAACAUGUCGUUACGGGCCACAAUGCCGAUGACGUUGCAGAGACUGUCAUGAUGAAUCUGUUGCGUGGCGAUCUUCCACGGCUGGCGCGUGCCACAUCAAUUGUGACUGAGAGUACGGCAAGUCAAAUCAAACGCAGCAAGCCUCUGAAAUAUGCAUAUGAAAAGGAAAUCGUUCUCUACGCACAUCACAAAAAGCUUGACUAUUUCAGCACCGAAUGCAUUUAUAGUCCAGAGGCAUUUCGAGGUAGUGCGAGGACACUCAUUAAAGAUCUGGAAAAGAUUCGACCCAGCAGCAUUCUUGAUAUUGUAAAGAGUGGCGAAGACAUGGCAUCCCUGGUCUCGCCCGAAUUGACAGGCUCAGUUGUUUGUGCUGCAGAUGGCGAGGAUGCCACCACCGGUUGUGGUUCUCGGAAUGCUAACAGUGACUCAAUGGCUCAGAUGGAGAUGACUUUGGCAGCCAACGAAGUGGCAGCUGAAAGGGAGACAGAGAUCAACCUUCCAACUGUUAUGUCAAAUCAUGCCCGCAUAGAAACCUCUGAUUCAGUGAAGAUUCACGACAAGAAACCUAAGGGACGCCGAAAAGUGGUUAAACAAGUCAUGGGACAGUGUGAGCGAUGUGGCUAUUUGUCGAGUCAGAAGAUUUGCAAAGCGUGCACAUUACUGGAAGGUCUGAACAAAAGCAGACCAAGAACGACCGUCGAAAUUGGAUUUGACGAGGAGGAUGGAAGCACAACAGUAAUGCGACAAACUGCGAGCCUUGCAAUAUCAACUGGAUGA